UAUUGUCUGCACUCUGCUGCUUGCUGUUUCGUAAACCUCACUCACUGAUUGUGUACAUGUGUUACGCAUGGUAGAUCACUAUUUAUUUUUUGUAUAUGUUGCGAAGUCGAUUGGAGCACUCAGAAUAUAUUAUUCGUUAUUUGAAGUGCUUAUUGAAAGCAAUCAGUGUUAAACCAAUUUAAAUAAUAACUAGAAAGGACUUAGUUGUCAUUAUCUUAUCAACAUUUCUUCGUAAAGGCUUUAUUAAUGUUUAUUUGGUUAUGAUUUAAUUCUUCAUAUUUGGAAGAUAAAAGCAACAUUUAAUUAUGAGUAUUGUAAAUAAAACUUGGUUGAGUAAAAAUAUUUUAAUGCAAGCAAUUGAAGACAUAAUUGUCAGUUAAAAGAAAUGGGUUUUGAUAAACACUUUAAUGAAGAUCAUUGCUAUUUGGACGAGUCUGCAGAUGAUGUGGCUAUGAAUGUUGAUGUGAAGGAGGAAGCUUAUCAAAUUUCACCAAAUACUGCAAAUGAACAAUCAAUUGUUAGGUAUUUAGAUGACUCAGGAAGCUCACUAGGCAAAAUGAAUACAAGCUCCGAAGAUGUCAGAAUAAGUGCUAAGAAAGCACUAAUCUUCCUCCCAUACAGUGAAUACUGCACAGACCACAAGGACUUAUAUCUGCAUGAAGAUGAGAAACUGGUCAAGCCUGGAGACAAGUUCAGGUCACAAGAGGACUUUGUGCAAUACUUGAAUGAGAAUGCAAAAAGAUGGCGAUUCUAUUACAAAUGUUCAGACUCACGCAAACCUAACACUGAAAACGAAUCAUUUACGUACAAUUGUGUGUAUUUAAGAAAUAAGGAGAAGUAUAAGAAAAAGGGACUUCGGAAAAGGAACAAUAACAUGAAGACUGAUUGCCCGUGCAAAAUCAAAUUAAGGCAUCUACCAAACGAGAAGGAAUUGACUGUAGUAUAUGUAUGUAAUCAUCAUGAUCAUGAAUUAUCUUUAGAAGAAUUUUAUAAGUUACAACAUGGAAGGCGAUUGCCGCCACAUAUUAAGGAAGAGAUAAUGGACCUAUUAAAACUGAAAGUCGAUGUAAUGAAAAUCAGAGCAUACGUCGAAAUGGAAACGGGGUUCAGUAUGAGCCGACCUUUCUUUUACGCUUUAGAGAAAAAUAUGAAAAGCAGAAAUAUUGAGAGAAAUAUUACUGAAGAUAGACUAAUGAUGUUAAGAGAAAAAAUUGCUGCUAUUGAUAAUACUGAAACUUCUAGAAAGGCUAAGCAAAGGCGGUCGUUGGAUGAUAUUGAAGGCACAACAACACCACCAUUGAAAAGACGAACAAAAUCAAACGACACAGUAACUUCAGACAGCUCAAAAAGAAUAAAAUCGCAAUCUGGGAACUACAGCAAUGAGAUAAUACAGAGUGUAAAACAUUUGCAAGAGUCUGUCAAGUGUGAAAUACAAAGAAACCCAUGGGUUUCAGAUCAGUGUGUUCCAGUGUUGCAAGAUAGAAUAGGUAUAGAAACAAAAUGCGAGGAAUCUAUAGAAGGCUCAGUAGCAGAAGUCUUACAAGACGACGCACAGUGUGACCCACAAAAUGAACUGGAAACAUACAGCCUUACAAUAGAAUAUUAUAAUCCAGAAGACAAUACACAUGAUGUUAGCAACGAAUUUAGUGAAAUUGUAGAUGAAGGGCAAGUUAACGAAAGCGAGGAUAGUUAUAUAGAUAAUAUAGCUUACGAAACUAUAGUGACUGAAGAAAAUCAUGAAUUACAAACUGAGAUAUUAGAAUACGUAGAUGAAGAACAACUUGUUGAAGAAAACGUUGAAGUUCACUUUGAAUCAGAAGUGACUGAUCAAAAUGAAGUGGACUUUGACUCACAUGUAGUGGUUGACCAAAAUGAUGAGAUCCACGACAGUACACUAGAAGUGACUGGUGAAAGUGAAGAAAUAAAUGAGUUUGACAAUACAGAGGUUAUUGAAGAAGGUCAUAUAGAUUAUGUUACAGAUAAUGAUAAUGAUGUUGAGUAUAUAAGUGAAGUUUAUGAAGAAAACACGGCACAUGAUGUUGGGGUCCAAACAGCUGAUAUGAAAGCGCAAAUGCUGAUGCCUGUGUUCGAUGUGUAUAUGAAGGAUGGCAAUGUAACGGGUUUCGUAGUCAAUGAUAAUAUUAUUAAUGGACUGAAAGAUGGUGUGCAUAAGGGAAUUCAGACUGGUGACGAUCUAAUUCUUAGCGACUCACAAGACGAGGAAGACUGCGACAUCAUCCAUGACGAGAUAUCGGACACAUACACGAAACACGAAUACGUACACAAGUAUAACAUAGACAGAUAUAUGGUACAACCUCAUUUCCCCAAGUACGUCGAAACUCUAGCCAAAGAAACCUACAUGGACGUCCUACACAUGUUCACAAACAUAUACAACGAAAAAGCAAUGUUCAAACUCACAACUACGCAGCGAGGCAAAGAAGGCAACACGAAAAUAUGGUACAUAACAGACAAUUUAAAAAAAUAUAGACGACAUAUGAGUACUAAAGAAAGAAUGAAACAAAAGCUACAGAGUGUGUUCGUUUUGAAAGAAAAGGUUAGGAGUUUAGUGAAACAGAAUAGUGAGUUAGUGUCGCGGAAUAAACAGUUGGAGGAAGUGGCUUUGAAGCUUGUGAACAUGACAUAACGUUAACUGCUGUUGGUUGUUGAAAUGUAAUGCUUGUUACCUUAUAUGGCGCCUGUAUACAUACGUAAAAGGCUUUGAAUAUCAACAAGCUAAUUGAAUUGAGAACUACUGAGAAGGACCGAGACAACAAGAGACAAUCUUGUACAUGGUACAGUUAACAAAAAAGUAAAUAAUUUAUGAUUUAGAAAUUCGAGGAGCUCGUGGCUAAGCUAUAACUGCAUAAGUGAAUU